AAAGAGAGAGAGAGUGAGAGAGAAAAUCCGCACAGUGCAGUGUAACUGUCCGUACAGGGUGCAUGAACGGACCCACAAAUUUCUACUCUGCUACUCUACUUGUGUCCAUUUUUUUUAAAAAAAAACUUGGGAUUAUUGCAUACAUCUGUAACUAGCACGUUGCACCGGUGGUCUGCGGCGUGCAUUACUUGGAAAGAAUCGAAAUUACUCCAAGAUCUCGCUUGCAAAUUAUUUGGAUCUAUUACAGAGGAGGCAAAAAAGAGCAUUUGAAGACUGCAGCUUGAACGAAGAGAAAGCGAGAGGUGUUUUGUUUCUGAGGGAGGGGAACGGGGCAGUGCAUUGAACAAGGAAUUGCAAAUCUCACGGUGGAAAAUCGUUAAAUAUAAAUUUCUGCCCUUCGUGCAUUGCGUUUGUGGAUGUGAUUGUUGGAAUUUUUUUUUGCAUUGGUUACUGUUGGAGUGUUUUUUUACUCCAGUACCCUUUGCACAGUGCCCUUUUACAGCCGAAUGUUGCAGAUUGGUAAACUGUGUAGGUGUAAUCUGGUCCCGGAGCUGCCUGGCUGUGCUGGCGCACGGCUCUCUCCCCGGCUUGAUGCCGUCUGAUCUCCCUUUUUAAAAAAUCCCCUUCCCUCUCUCCCCCUCCCACCCCCCUCCUCCAAAAGAAGGACGAGAGCGAUAGAGGGGGGAAGAGGAAAAAAAAGGACAAGGUUGCAAUCUGAAGCUGCGGGGUUAUAAAUUGCACUCCCCGGCUAUCGCGAUCAUAAUCGUCGCAUGUUCAGAUCUAAACGCUCGGGCCUUGUACGGCGACUUUGGCGAAGCCGGGUAACGGGGAGCAAUGGGCAGGAGACGGAGGAUUGGAGCGACCCGGCCGGAUCGCUAAAUGAGCUCAAGUCGGUGACGCACUCGCUGCUGAAGAGGCUGAAAGAGAAGCCCCUGGAGCUGCUGUCUCAGGCGGUGGAAAGCAGAGGGGGGCUGCACACCGCUUGCGUCCUGAUGGCUAGGAACGAAGUUAGGGUCGGCAAGCAGACCCUGGCCCCCCAGCUGCUGCUCUGCAGACUUUUCAGGUGGCCCGACCUCAAGCAGCUCUUCGAACUCAAGAGGCUUUAUCCCUGCGAGGCUUUUAACAGGAGUGCGGACCACGCUACUGUAUGCUGCAACCCCUAUCACUUCAGCCGGCUGUAUGGCCCAGAUUCUCCACCUCCUCCUUACUCCAGAUUCUCUCCGAACGACGAGGAAAAGCCAUUGGAAUGUACAGUGUCCUACACUGAAACGGAAGCCACCAAUUCCCCAAACAUCACACCUGGAGAUUUCUCAGAUGCCAGCCUUUCACCCGACACAGUGAAGCAGAGCCACUGGUGCAUCGUGGCCUACUGGGAGCACCGGACCAGGGUUGGGCGCCUCUACACAGUUUAUGAACAGUCUGUCAGUAUAUUCUACGACCUACCUCACGGGAACGGCUUCUGCCUCGGUCACUUGGCUCUGGAUAACAGAAGUGAGACCGUCAAAAGGACUCGAAGUAAAAUUGGCUACGGGAUCUUGUUAAGCAAAGAGCCAGACGGGGUGUGGGCUUACAAUCGGAGUGAGCACCCUAUCUUCGUCAAUUCCCCAACGCUGGACAUUCCCAAUUCUCGGACACUAAUCGUUCGGAAAGUGAUGCCCGGAUACUCAAUAAAGGUUUUUGACUAUGAAAAAUCUUGCCUUUUGCAGCAAACCUCAGAUACUGACUAUGCGGACGGGCCGUAUGACCCAAACAGUGUUCGAAUCAGCUUUGCAAAAGGCUGGGGCCCUUGCUAUUCAAGACAGUUUAUAACAUCUUGUCCUUGCUGGCUGGAAAUAAUGCUUAACAACAGAUAACAGUCAAACUCCAGGAAUGAGAUCCUAUAUUAAAAAAGACCAGAUUAUUCCAAAUAUCAUUUACCUAGAUUUAAUAUAAAGUUUUAUAUAUUAUAAGAAUUAUAUAUUAUACUUGUAAAUAAUGGAGUCAUUUUUACAUUGUAAUUAUUUAUGUAUGGUGCAAUGUCUAUGAAUACAGAACACAACAGGAAAAUGCACUUUGGUUUCUAUAUACUCAUUCAACACCAGAUUCAAUUAUGCACCAAAAAUAGGUGGAAAGCCUAGUUUUGGUGUGUAGUUCUGCCAUACUAUUAGUACCAAAACAACAAAGCUAACGUACCAGUAAACAACAAGAUGAGUCGCUUGUUGAUAAUAAAAUAUUU